AUGUGGAUUAUAUCAUUUUGGAUAUUCCCGAUUAUCUCGGCGUGCACAUGGAUUGCCAUGUUAAUUGCGAUGCUGGCCACCUGGGCCAGAGAAGGAUCGCCGAUAUAUGCCAGUAUGGAGACGGGUCAGACCAUUGCGUAUAUUUCCGACGUUGGAGCACAGGGACUGAAGCCGCUCUUCAUCGCGGGCAGCUGCGUCACCGUCGUUUUCCUUGAUCUCUCUUUCCUGUCCGAACGCUGGUUGCGACAUGCCGGUCAAUUGGUCCCGAACAAGGGCAAGUUCGACAAGGCCUGCGCAAUCGCAUCCAUUUGCUUCUCGAUCGCCGGCGCCUUGGGACUGAUCCUACUUUCGAUCUUUGAUACUCUUCGUCAUCCGCACAUGCAUGAUGGCUUUUUGAUCAUGUUCUUGGUCGGAUACCUGAUUAGCGCCAUUCUCAUUUGCUGCGAAUACUGGCGUCUGGGGAUCUUUUAUCGCUCCCAGCAUAAAGUGCUCCUGGCCAGUUUCAUCAUCAAACUCUCAUUUGUUAUCAUUGAAAUUGCGCUGGCCAUUGCUUUUGGUGUCCUCGGCAACAAGGGUGGUCAUUACCGGAACGCAGCGGCAGUUCUGGAAUGGGUGAUUGCGCUCAUCUUCACGUUCUAUGUGCUCUCUUUCGUGAUCGACCUGCUGCCCUCGGUGCGCACGCGCAAACAUGUGCCGCAGGGCGAGAAGGUGUCCCGGAAUGGACAGACGACAGCGGCCUAUCCCGAUGGCACAUAUGAUUAUGAGGAGCCGGUGACGACGGACUCGGCAGGGCCGAAUGCUAAUUACUACCGGGGGCAGCGGAUAUAA